AUGACCGUAGUAGCAUUCGUGCCAAUCAUUAAUAGACUACAAAAUAUCCGUGAAAUUGCCUCUAUUGCAUCUUUAAAUACUUUCCUUCCGUCUUUCUUUACUUUCUUUCUUUUCUUUCUUCCUUUCUUUCCUUCUUACUUUCUUUUCUUUCUUUUUUCCUUCUUUCUUUUCUUUUUCAUUAAUUUCUUUUCUUUCUUUCUUUCUUUAUUUAUUUUCUUUCGUUUUUCCCUCUUUCUUUUAAUUCUUUCUUUAUUUCUUUCUUUAUUUCCUUCUUUCUUUCUUUCUUUUUUUCCUUUCUUCAUUUCUUUCUUUCUUUUCUUUCUUUAUUUCUUUCUUUCUUUUCUUUCUUUAUUUCCUUCUUUCUUUGUUUCUUUCCUUUAUUUCUUUCUUUUCUUUCUUUCUUUCUUUCCUUCUUUCUUCCUUUUCUUUCUUUCUUCCUUUCUUUCUUACUUUCUUUUCUUUCUUUUUUCCUUCUUUCUUUUCUUUUUCAUUAAUUUCUUUUCUUUCUUUCUUUCUUUCUUUAUUUUCUUUCGUUUUUCCCUCUUUCUUUUAAUUCUUUCUUUAUUUCUUUCUUUAUUUCCUUCUUUCUUUCUUUCUUUUUUUCCUUUCUUCAUGUCUUUCCUUCUUUCUUUCUUUCUUUUCUUUCUUUAUUUCUUUCUUUCUUUUCUUUCUUUAUUUCCUUCUUUCUUUGUUUCUUUCCUUUAUUUCUUUCUUUUCUUUCUUUCUUUCCUUCUUUCUUCCUUUUCUUUCUUUCUUCCUUUCUUUCUUUUUUUCUUUUCUUUCUUUUUUCCUUUUUUCUUUUCUUUUUCAUUUCUUUCUUUUCUUACUUUAUUUCCUUCUUUCUUUCUUUUUCUUUUCUUUCUUCCUUUCUUUCCAUCUUUCUGUUUUCUUUUCUUUUUGUUUCCUUCUUUUUGUUUCUUUCUUUUUUCUUUUUUUUAUUUAUUCUUUUCAUUUUUCUUUCUUUCUUUUCUUUCUUUAUUUCCUUCUUUCUUCUUUUUUCUUUUCUUUCUUUCUUUCCUUCUUUCUUUUCUUUCUUUUUCCUUCUUUCUUUUCUUUCUUCCUUUCUUUCCUUUUUCUUUCUUUUCUUUCUUUUUCCUUCUUUCUUUUCUUUUUUCAUUAAUUUCUUUUCUUUCUUCCUUUCUUUCUUUUCUUUCUUCCUUUCUUUCCUUUUUUCUUUCUUUUCUUUCUUUUUUCCUUCUUUCUUUUCUUUUUCAUUUCUUUCUUUUCUUUCUUUAUUUCCUUCUUUCUUUUCUUUCUUCCUUUCUUUCUUUCAUUCUUUCUUUCUGUUCUUUCUUUUUUCCUUCUUUCUUUUCUUUAUUCAUUUCUUUCUUUUCUUUCUGUUCUUUCUUUUUUCCUUCUUUCUUUUCUUUCUUCCUUUCUUUCUUUCUUUCUUUCUUUCUUUCAUUCUAUUUUUCUUGCCUGCCUUUUCUCUUUGCAACCAAACAUUGCAAUCUUUUUUUCUUCCUUUUUCUUCAGUCUUUCUUUGAUUAG